CUGUCGAAUUUAUCCCGCUGUCCUACAGUCCACCAAAGUGUCGAAACCCUCUUCUUUUCUUGCAGAUGACCACAUAAUUUUGGAUACUCGCUCAUUGAGUUGUGCCAGAAAGAUGGCACCUCUCUCCGACCGAGAGACACUGCAGUCUUUGCGAGCCCGGCAAAGUCACGACUAUCGUAACUCGAUCCGUCAUUGGGACGUUAUGUGCCAGGCUAUCUGUCUAAGUAUAAGUACUAUUCUUGUGCUGUUGCGGCUGUGGACGAAGCUCCACAUUGUGCGGGCUCCUGGAUGGGAGGACUGCACGUCUGUGAUGUCUUUGCUUGGAAUAAUAGCGUAUAGUGUCAUCUCACUCGAAGCAGAUAAGCAUGGAAGCGGUGUUCACCAGUCGCAAGUAACCCCAGAGGAUCUUAGAUACUACGCGCAGCUUGCAAAUAUCUCCCAGAUUAUAUACGGCCCCUUGAUCUUUGUAGCGAAGUUGUCGAUUCUAUUGCUAUAUCUGCGCGCCUUCACACCAAGUCGACCCGGAAAGACGUUCUAUGCUAUUCAUUUUCUCCUCUGGUUCAACUUCCUCUUCUACACAGCAAAUACACUCACCAAGGUCUUUCAAUGCAUACCUCGUGCUAAGAUCUGGGAUCCAGAGACUCCUGGCCGAUGUGUCAAUGUUAAUGCGUUGAUCCAAACCAGCGCGGGAUUGAAUGUCUUUUCAGACUUCUCGCUAUUGGUCUUGCCGAUCGUGGCAAUAUGGAAGCUGCACAUGAAGACUUCUCAAAAGCUUGGUAUAUCUGCAGUGUUUGCUGCAGGGCUAUUUGGGUGCAUAUCAAGUAUCAUGCGUCUUGUCAUCGGUAUCGAGAAGCAAGGAACCCAAGAUAAAACAUAUGACUGGUUUCCAGAAUUUCUUUGGACGUCAGCCGAAAUCACAUCUGCCAUAAUCACAUCCUGUCUUCCCGCGCUUCCGAAUUUUUUCCGCCAUUACUUCCGCAAAGCCAGAACACCGAGCAGGAACAGCCAGCAUCAGACAAAUUCGACAAACAGACAUCCAUAUAGCAGGAAUCACUUCAACUCCACUCCGCAUAGUCAUCUUGGUGUACCUUGGUACCAUCGCAAUCCCAGCGACGACGAUCUUCUUCCCCACAGCUACUACAUGGAGUUGGACGAAGCCAAACCCAGUCUCAGCCCGGGUGCGGUUGUCAAAACGGAAAUCAUAGCUGAAUCCAGACCAGAAUCGAGGGAUUAUCCACCGUCGAUUUCCUCUGUCAAUGCGAGGGAGGAAGGAGAACGACAAUGCCCGUCUAGUCGCAAUGGGAUUUUGAAGACUGUCCAGGUGGAAAUUCAAACUACGGAUGAGGAGCGCGCGACUUCAUGAUACGAUGAUGUAUCGAUCUAUCGAUUUUGUAGAUUAUGCACUGUACAGUAGUGGCAUAUAAAACUAGCAAGCGAGGCUGGUACCUUGCAUAGCUAGAUUACCAAACAAACUCUUAUAAAAGGGGGCAGAAAAUGAAAAUUACAUGCAUUUAAUUGAAUUCAUAAAUUGAAACC